AUGAGCAGAAAAGUAAAAUAGAAUACAGAUACAGACAUUUAGAAGCCUUAAGCUCCAAAAUCUGCCUUCUUUCACUUCUUAGAAGAAGUAAGUGUGAAGAUUAAGCAAAAAGAUCCUAAAAGCAAAUAGAGUACUAUUGCAAAAAAAGCAAAAGAGAUGUUUGAAAAACUGACUGAUGAAGAAAUGUAAAAAUAUUAGUUGCUAGAAGAUAAGGAACUUGAGAAAUAUAAGAAAGAUUAUGCAGAGUAUAAAAAGAAAAAUAAAGAAGAUGUUUAAGAGCUACCAAAUAAAACCAGAAAAGCUAAAGAAAGCAAAAAUGAAAAAAGUAAAAGUAAAAGCAAAUCUGAAGAUAAUUCUACUUCUGAUAAACAAGAUAAAGAACCUGCUAAAAAUGAAAAGGAGCCUGCUAAAAAGACUAUCAAAAAAUAACCUGCUAAAUAGAGUAGCAAUCUUACUUUUACAGUUAGAUAUUGCUAAGGGUGA